AUGAGGCUCCAACAUGUUGAAUUUGAUGAAGACUUGAUCAACUUAAAGUCUUUUUCUGAAUGGAUAGCAAGCAUAGGGAAUGGAACAAUUGGCGGUCCGAACGACGAUAAUGCGGUUAUUGAUAUACCGGACAACCUGUUGUUGAAUGCAUCAGAUGAUCCUGUUGCAUCAAUCGUGAACAACACGUAUCCAAAUUUUACUUCUAAUGUCAAUGAAACUAAAUAUCUUCAAGGUAGAGCUAUACUAGCACCGACUCUUAAUGUUGUGGAGAUUGUCAAUGAGUACAUGAUUUCACUUAAUGCAGCUGAGGCAAAGACAUGCUUAAGUUUAGACACAACUUGCAGAUCAUAUUGCAAUGUUGAUCUUUUACAAGACCUUUACACGCCUGAAUUUUUAAAUGCAAUUAGGUGGUCUGGGGUGUCGAACCAUGAAUUGAAGCUAAAGGUUGGCGGUCCAGUUAUGUUGUUAAGAAACAUAGAUUAUUCCCUGGGGUUAUGUAAUGGCACUAGGUUAGUUAUCAUAAGAACUAGAAACCACGUUCUUGAGUCAAAAAUUCUGACAAGCAGUAAUACUAGACAUAAGGUUCUUAUUCCAAUGAUGACAUUAACCCCAUCUAACCCUAAGUUGCUUUUCGAACUACGAAGAAGGUAA